GGGAAAUCGCCCAUAGACCUCCGCGAGGCGCUGUUUCACUCCGACGCUAGUUUGCAGCCGGCCUCUUGGUCUUGGUCUGCAAUGAUGAUGGAGGUGAUGGAGUCGCCCAAGUCGCGUAUCAACGCCAGCAUGCUAGCUCAGUCCAUCGACCGGCCCGUCUGCUUCGUGGGGAAGCUGGAAAAGAUUCAUCCCACUGGAAAAAUGUUUAUUCUUUCAGAUGGAGAAGGAAAAAGUGCAACCAUUGAGUUGAUGGAGCCUCUUGAUGAAGAAAUCUCUGGAAUCGUGGAAGUAGUUGGAAAAGUAACAGCCAAGGCAACCAUUAUGUGUUCAUCUUAUGUCCAGUUUAAAGAAGAUAGCCAUCCUUUUGAUCUUGGACUUUACAAUGAAGCUCUGAAAAUUAUCCAUGAAUUCCCUCAGUUUUUUCCUUUGGGGGUUGUGCAAUAUGAUUGAUCUUGAUUGCAAAUGAGCUACAUUGAAGACUAUUAAAGGAGACCCGUGAUAUUAAAGGAGACCCGUGAUAUUUGAGGGAGAAAUUCAUUAUUUUUAUUAAUUCUCUUUUUAAUUUUAUUUACCUAACUUUAUUAGCUAUUCCAGUAUGCCAUUUGUAAUGGAACUGGUGUAUUGAGAGUUCUCUCGUGUGGCCUCAUAAAAAAAGUCACUACUCUGGCAUAUGGUCAGAUCAGAUAUAAAAAUAGAGCAGUUGUCUGAGUUUAGUUUUGUGUUUUAUUAAUAAAAGUUUAAAUGAUUCAUA